AUGGUGCACCCGCGCAGGACACCGUGGAGCACACUGAGCGAGUUCACACACGUGCACGACCUCGUAUUCGCACACUCGGCCACACCCACCUCGCAACUCGACGCCCUCGAGACGAUCAACGUCUGGCUGGCACGAGGAAACUGCCCUCACGCCGUAGAAUCAACAGCAGCGCUCCUCACCCUCGUCCUCCGCGACUCCAACUCCCCUCACCAUGCCCCUCACUCAACCCACGACCUCCGUCUCGCCUACGCAAUGGCCAUCGUCCGAUUCGUCAACUCCCUCGUCGACCCACUCCAGACAACCUACUUCGCUCGCUCGAUCGCCUCCCUCGCGCAGCAGAUCCAGCUCCCGCUGUGGUUCGUCGAGCUGAGGCACCAGGCGACCCACGAGAACUUGCCCAGCUUGGGUGUGUUGAGGGACGCCGCGAGGCAGGCGCUGGACUGGCUCUACACGCACUACUGGUCUGCCGCGCUCUCCUCCUCCUCCACUACAUCCACAACCCCCGUCCUCCCACCCCUCGACCUCUCCCCACUCCGCACCCUCCUCCUAACAACCUACAAAUCCCUCUCCAAGUCCACCCUGCGAGAUGCGUCACUCGUAGGCCGAACGAGGGGGGAGAUGAGAGCUUGUUUGGGAGAAGUGGAGAGGUGGGUUGGGGAGAACUCCCUGGGAGGUGUGGGGGCGGGGAGGGAGAGAGCGUGGGAGGGAGUGGCAGAGGUGUUGUGGAGUGAAGGGGGUCUCGUACCUCUCGCUAAGAAUCCCUCCCUCUCACCCGACCUCCUCGCGCUCUGGACACCCCUCAUCACGCACCUCGACUCCCUCCCCUCCGCUUCCUCUUCCUCGACAACGUUCUCGGACGUAUUGAUCAAGCGCGGACUCGACAUACUCUGCACCUUGGAGGGUGGAGAGACGGCGGAUAAGAGCUAUGUGGCGUGCGUGAGCGCGUGGGCAGGCGAGUUGGUGAAGGAUGCGCCGGUCUCGCUCGAGCCGGAGGGGGAGGAGGAAGAGGGCGAGGGGGGAGAGGGGGGAGUGAGUCUGAAGGGAGUGAUCAAGAGCUGCUUGCUCGCUCGAACUCCGGCCGCGCUUGGGUUGAUCGACUCCCUCUUCGCCUCUCGCUCGCAAUCCCCCUCGGCAGCGGAAGACGCAGCCCUGAAGGACCUGAUAGACCGGACUACCCCGCUCCUCGCACUGGCGCGCCAAGUGUCCCAAUCCGCGUCCGGCUCAUUCGGCUCACGGGUCGAGACAGCGGAGGAGGCUACGAGACUUAUCGACUCGCUCGUGUCCCGCUCCGCCGACCUCGCCUCUCACUUCUCCCCGAAUCCUCCCGUUCCCGCUCCCGCUCCUCCCAGCUCUGCAGCGCAGGGCGAAGGACGAACGGAGGAGUGGCCGAGGAGGGUUCAAGGGUGGAGGAAGAAGCCUAUUGGAGCGUUGCCUGCGGGAGGAUUUGCGGGAUUGGACUUGGCACCUCUCCGCUGCUGCUCAUUGAGCAACGUGGUUCAGUUGGCUACUCGCGCUGCGUGGACAGGGCGGGAGGGAUGGGAGAAGGGUGAUGGAUGGUGA